AAUCAACUAGCGCCACUUGUAGCAGCUAUCCAAAGAUGAGCUAGUUUUGCUUUUUACAACACAGCGACUGGAGUCGAAAGACACGACGUGAUUAUUUGUAACUGUCUAACAGCUACAACAUUGCCGAACUACUUAAUUGUGUGUGGCUGGUGUUGUUGCCGAAUAUAAAGACAAGACUCAUUUGCUGUUUCGUUUUUUUUCUUCUUUCUUACGGGCCACAUCACCCCUAACCCCCCACACCCUUUUAAAUCCAGAAUAUCAACACAACAAAGAUGGAGGAGCUCCAUGCCCACUGCCUGAACUGUGUGAACCGGAGGUGUAUGAUUCGCACAGAGACUGGUAUGUCCUGUGAUCUCAUUGGCUGUCCUCUUGUCUGUGGGGCAGUCUUCCACUCCUGUAAAGAGGAGGAGCAUCAUUUACUAUGCCCGUUUGAAAGAGUGCCUUGCCUCAACACUGGAUUUGGGUGCCCUUUCACUAUCCCCCGGAUUAAGAUGGCUAAACACCUAGAGACGUGCCCGGCCAGUGUGGUGUGUUGCACCAUGGAGUGGAACCGUUGGCCUGUGAGCUAUUCAGACAGGAAGUCCUAUGAGCAUUUGAGCAAUGUUGAAGUGGUGGAGCAGCUAGACAUGGCCCUGGCUCUGCAAGAUCAGAGGAUGCUACUGGAGUCUCUUAGAGUCACCACCAACACGUCAAAGAACAGAUCUAGUAAAUCGGCUGAGGAAACGUGUUACAAGAUCGCUGAUGUAAUGUCAAGUGUACCAGAGACUGACAUUAGUAAUGGAACGGUUGAAAUGGAUGAGGCUGCUGCUUUGACUAAUGGAGUGGUUGAAAUGGAAGAUGAUGAUGAGUCGUAUAGUGAGGUACACAAAAUAAAGUUAGCAGCUACCUUGGCUGUCCUCAGAACUGCCAAGGAUAUAGACUUGAUCAGUGUAAAUGUUGAAAACGGUGAGAGAGAAGGGGUUCUCCAUAGGGGAGAGGACAGCGAUAAUCAUAAUGAUUUGAAGAAUGUAGAGAUGAAGGCAAGUGACACAGAGUCGGGCUGUGAGCUCGGAGCAGUGGGCGGAGUCGGACUGGACUGUGAAUUUGGAAUAGACGGGCAGGGAGACGAGAGCAAUUGGAUAGAGUCUCCAGAGGAAGUGGAGAAGGACCAUGUGAUGGGUCUUGCUGAGGUGGGUUGUCCUCCUUUCAGUAACGGUUUCAACCAUGCAGGAGACAACCAAAAUCACUUGCGACAGCGUGAGUGGAUGGAUCUGAGCAGAUCUCCACCCAGACGCUCUGAAGUCAACAGGUUUUCAGACUUCAGGCUGGUGAUGCCUUAUCUCUCCAUGCCUAAUAUAGUAGCACCCCUGGAGACCUCUGGGCCCCACCCUCCACCACUACCCAUCCACCUGCCUCUUCCCAUGCCUCUCCCUAAUCUGGAGCCGUACAACAUGCUCCAGCAUCUGCCCUUGGAGAUAGAAGACAGGUGGCUGGAGAGGAAACUUCAGAACCUCCAGGUGCUCAGAGGGAUGAGUGUGUUUACAUUUAACGGGCGCAGGGCUCUGAUGUCUGACCCCUAUCUGUUCAGAGCCAAAAUGGAGGACAAGUCAGUGGACACCUCAGACCUGGAGGUAACUGACGAUCCAUUGGGGCUCCAUGGAAUCGACCUGAUCACGGCAGCACUGCUCUUCUGUCUGGGGGACUCCCCUGGGGGCCGCAGCAUCUCAGACAGCAGGAUUGUAGACGGCUACCACGUCGACUUUGGUACCCAGACCUUCUCCUUCCCCUCGGCUAUACUGGCCACUAACACCAUGGUGGGGGAUAUCGCCUCCGCGUCGGCCUGUGAUCACGCCAGCCCUCAGCUCUCUAACCCCAGCCCCUUCCACUCUCUCCGGCUGGACCUGGUUCUGGAGUGCGUGGCCCGUUACCAGACCAAGCAGCGCACCAUGUUCACCUUCGUGUGUGGACAGCUGUUCCGCAGGGACGAGUUCUCUUCGCAUUUCAAAAACGUUCACGGGGACAUCCACGCUGGCCUAAACGGCUGGCUGGAGCACCGCUGUCCCCUGGCCUACUACGGCUGCACCUACUCCCAGAGACGCUUCUGUCCCUCUGUUCAGGGCUCCAGGAUCAUCCAUGACAGACACCUGGGCUCGUUUGGGGUGCGGCCCGACAUGCCUCCCCAGUACGGCGAUAAAACCCUCCCCAGGAAUGCCUGUCGGUUCGGGUCCACCUGCGACCACCUGAGCUCCUUGCCCUUCGAGCUGCAACAGUAUGUGGCCAGUUUCCUGGAUGGCUUCAGCCUGUGCCAAUUUUCCAGGGUCUCUCGGACAAUGAGGGAUGUGUGUGGCAGUUUACUGCAGUCCAGAGGCAUGGUGGUGCUGCUCUGGGAGAACACACGAAGGCCUGAUGGGUCAUCCUCAUGGCAGAUCCAAAACAAGGUGUGGCGAUUUAGCACAGCCUUCGGUACAGUGAAGGAGUGGAAGUUUGCCAACAUCACCAGUAUGGCCGACCAUCUGAAGAAGUGCAAGUUUAACACCAUCACCUGUCGGGACGAGGCCAUCCCUCUGCCCUGCAUGUGCUUAUCCAGAGAGCUCACCAAAGAGGGACGCUCACUGCGCUCAGUCCUCAAGCCGGAAAAAAAACGGAAUUGUUUUCAACCUAUUUGAUAUGCAUACACGCGGAGUGGACAAAACCUUCUCUUUCCAUGACCGACUGACCAGGUGAAUCCAGGUAAAAGCUAUGAUCCCUUAUUGAUGUCACCUGUUAAAUCCACUUCAAUCAGUGUAGAUGAAGGGGAGGAGACAGGUUAAGUAAUGAUUUUUAAGCCUUGAGACAUGGAUUGUGUAUGUGUGUCAUUCAGAGGGUGAAAGGGGCAAGACCAAAUAUUUAAGUGCCUUUGAAUAGGGUAUGGUAGUAGGUGUCAGACGCACCGGUAUGAUUGUGUCAAGAACUGCAGCGCUGCUGGGUUUUUCACACUCAACAGUUUCCUGUGUCAAUAAUGGUCCUCUACCCAAAGGACAUCCAGCCGACUUGACACAACUGUGGGGAGCAUUGGAGUCAACAUUGGCCAGCAUCCCUGUGGAACACUUUUGACACGUUGUAGAGUCCAUGUCCCGAUGAAUUGACUGUUCUUGGGGGCGGUGCAACUCAAUAUUAUGAAGGUGUUCUUAAUGUUUUGUGCACUAUAUAUUCUUGUUACCAAUGUACUGAAUAGAUUAUUUAACUUUUACAUACUCUGUCAAUGUGUAAAUAAAAAAUAUUUUUGACAUUA